AUGGUGGAGGAUGACGAUAGCAGUGAUGAUGAUUGUGAUGUGGAGGGUGAUGAUGAGUUGUCUUUUCAUGAGUUGCUUUUCGACGGUCAUCCCGGAGGUUCGAGUGAUCAUGUGUCUACUGGCUCGACCCAUGGCAGUACUGUUGUUGGGCCGCUACGCGGCAAGGAUGGGCGUUUUGCUUCGUCCUCUGAUGGGAGCAAGCCUUCACGGAAGAAACCGAGGGACGAGACGUGGCUGCUUACAAAAGAAGCUCCAGGAGGCCCUAGGGAUAUCAGUUUGAUCCCUAGUUUCGGUGGUCACAUAGCUCAUCGCUUGUGGACAUCGAGUUUGGAUUCUCGGAAGAUGUCUGUUUUCCAGUUCUACGCUCGACAGGGUGGAGUGGAUCGACUGAGGACGUACGAGUUUGGGACCCCAGGUGCACAGGCCUUGGUUACAGCAUCAGGUUUGGACCACUUGAGUAGAUGCAUGAUGCAUAAUGUGGAUUACCCACUUUUGGAGGCGUUCAUUGAGAGGUGGCAGCCGGAUACUAACACAUUUCACAUGCCGUUUGGGGAGAUGACAAUCACUCUGCACGAUGUUGCGUUCCUCCUCAAGAUUCGAGUGGAUGGUGAGCUACUUGCUGCACCGGCUAGGGGUGAUCCGUCGUUCGUGAGUGGGAUUGUUGCUCUUCUUGGUAUUUCUGAUAAGAAUGAAAUGGCAGUGCCAUCGCGUGGCCUCCGUUGGUACGAGGGUGGUGGGAUGUUGGUAGAUGAGGCCAUGGCACGUGUAAGUGCUUCGAGUGAUGAGAGUGUAGAGGCACGGUGUUACUUACUGUGUUUGAUCGGGUCCACGCUUUUUGUGGACAAGAGUUAUGAUCGUGUUCGUGGAUGGUUAUACUCUUACUUCAGAGAUUUGGCCAUGGUUGGUAAGUAUGCAUGGGGUGCUGGUGCGCUUGCUUGGAUGUAUAGGCAGCUUGGGAGAUCUAGUCGAGCAGGUUCUGGGGGAUUUUCUGGGUGUUUGACUUUGCUGCAGGCUUGGAUUUACGAGUAUUUUCCAUCGCUGCGCAUCAACAGACGUGCACCGGAGCCCAUGACAGAGGGAGGCCCGUUUGCUAGGAGGUGGGAGGGCCCUAUUCGUGGAGGGGAUUUACAGCGAAAAUUGGAUCAUUAUCGUCGGCUGUUGGACGGAUUUACAGCGGCCCACGUGGAUUGGCUUCCUUUUGGUGCUAACCCUAGUCGUGCUUUUCCUAGAUCUUUGUAUCGGGGUGUGAUACGUGUCUAUGAUGUUGCUGAGACAUACGAUCCCUCACGUGUCCUCCGUCAGUUUGGCUACAGACAGGUGAUUCCUGAUCCUGUUAUUUGA